AUGCAAUUAUUUAGUGCCCUUUUAUGGGUGAUUGCCGUUGUCGUGCUUAACUUUAAAGUCGAUCCUACACUUGGUAGUAGUAUCAUUAGUGAACGCGAUGUCUCCACAAUAAAUUCAACUUCUACUCCUACUCUAUCUGAUGCUGAAAAAAGGCUCAUCGCAUGCAAUACCACAACUCGAUGUAAAAAUGGCUUAUUUUUACCUCACUGGCCAUAUCCAAAGGACUCUAAAGGAAAUAUUUUACCAUUAAGUACUGGCGAAAGAGUUGGUCGCACUAUCGUCUACUUUUUUAGUUUAUUUUUUUUCUUCAUCGGAGUAUCUAUAAUAUCUGACCGUUUUAUGUCUGCAAUUGAAAUUAUAACGUCGAAAGAGCGUUUUAUCAAGGUUAAAAUGAGCAACGGCGAGUAUAAAAGGAUCAGUGUUCGUGUCUGGAAUGAAACUGUUUCCAAUCUUACUUUAAUGGCAUUGGGUUCGUCUGCUCCUGAAAUUUUAUUAUCAAUAAUUGAAAUUUGUGGUAACAAUUUUAAACCUGGAGACCUUGGUCCCUCAACCAUCGUUGGUUCUGCGGCUUUUAAUUUAUUGAUCAUCACUGCACUUUGUGUAUUAGCUAUUCCAGAUGAUGAAAUUCGACGAAUUAAACACUUAUCAGUAUUCUUUAUUACAGCAUCAUGUUCAGUCUUUGCUUAUUUAUGGUUGCUGUUGAUAUUGAAAGGGAUAUCACGUGAUGUCAUCGAUAUUUGGGAAGCUGUCGUUACUUUACUUUUCUUUCCGAUAUUAGUUACCAUUGCUUGGGUUGCUGAUCGUCAGCUCCUAUCAUUUAAGAAAUUAAGCAAAAAAUAUCGUGCUGAUGGAAAAAAUCGCGCUGUCAUAGUCGAACCUGAUUCUAUUAUUAUGAGAUCUCCUAAAGAAGAGCGCGAUAGUGAAGGUUUCAAUUCUGUCUAUAAGAAUAACCCAAUGUACGAUGUCGAUAGCAUCGAUGAUGUAGAUUCAGAAAAGAAUGAUGAAAUGCGUCGAAAAAAGGCUAUGCAAAUUGUCAAAGAGAUUAAACAAAAUCAUCCCAAUGCCACUGCAAAAGAAAUUGAAGAAUUAGCUAGUUAUGAAGCUUUAAAAUAUCAACCGAAAUCACGUGCUUAUUAUCGCAUUCAAGCCACGCGUAAACUCACUGGAAGUGGAAAUGUAAUCAAGCAGCGAAAAAUGAGCCUUCCAGCUAACCCUGAUGGAAAUGUAGAUCCGGAAGACAUUGAGAAAUGCAGUCUUACUCAGAUCUACUUCUCACCAGAGAAGUACACAGUUUUAGAAAACUGUGGUACAGUAGGUGUAACUGUUGAACGAACUGGUAACUUAAAUAACGUUCUAACUGUUGAUUACAAAACACAAGAUGGAACAGCCAAUUCCGGCGAAGAUUAUGUAACUACUAAUGGCACAUUGCGUUUUAAAGCUGGAGAGAGUCGUAAAGAUAUCAAAAUUACAAUUAUAGAUGAUGAUAUCUACGAGGAAGAUGAGUACUUUUAUGUUUUGUUGAGCAAUGCCAAAUUUGUUUCCACUACAGAUAAUGAGCAAAAAUGUGUAAUAGAGUCACCAUCGACAGCAACGGUUGUUAUCUUAGACGAUGAUCAUCCUGGUGUAUUUUCUUUCUCUGAAAGUAAAUAUUCAGUUAUUGAAACCGCUGGAACAUUAUCACUUACAGUCGAGCGUAAAUCUGGUGCACGUGGUACCAUUCGAGUGCCUUAUCAUACUAAGGAAGGAACAGCUAAGGGAGGCGGCGACGAUUAUGAAGAUGCAGUUGGUGAACUUGAAUUUAAAAACGAUGAAACUUCCAAAACCAUUGAGGUGCAUAUCGUUGAUGACGAAGAAUAUGAAAAGAAUGAAAUCUUCUACGUCCUUUUGGGUGAACCAUACUUUAAGGAUAAGAAACGUAUUGAAAAGGAAAGAAAUCACGUCGCUAAAACGACCGGAAAUCAACCUAUUGAUGUUAAUCCAUCAUUGGGCCCCUAUAAAGAAGCAGAAGUUACAAUUAUUGAAAGUCACGAGUUUAAAAAUACGGUUGAUAAAUUGUUAAAAAAAGCUAAUUUAGCUAUGGCUAUCGGGACGUCAACUUGGCGCGAACAAUUUCGUGCUGCUUUGACAGUUAAUGGUGGUGAUAAUGACGAUGAUGAUGAUGAAGAGACUAAACCAACUUGCACUGACUACAUCAUGCAUUACUUAACUAUCUUUUGGAAAUUAAUUUUCGCUCUUGUACCACCAACGGAAAUCUGGGGAGGAUGGGCCUGCUUUUGUGUAUCUAUUAUUAUGAUUGGUAUCUUAACAACAUUUAUUGGCGAUUUAGCUUCGCAUUUCGGUUGUACUGUUGGCCUGAAAGAUAGUGUAACUGCCAUAACUUUUGUUGCUCUUGGUACAAGUCUACCAGAUACAUUUGCCAGCAAAACUGCAGCAGUUAAUGACAAAUACGCCGAUUCUUCCAUCGGUAAUGUGACCGGUAGUAAUUCUGUUAAUGUAUUCUUGGGCUUAGGUCUCGCUUGGUGCGUCGCUGCUGUUGCUAAUGCAAUAAAAGGUGAAAAAUUUUACGUCCCUUCUGGUUCAUUGGCUUUCUCAGUGACCAUAUUUUGCGCUGUAGCCAUUGUUUGUAUCGCAGUUUUAAUGUUAAGGAGGACGAAAUCUGUCGGUGGUGAAUUAGGAGGACCAAGAGGACCAAAGUAUGCAACAGCAGUCUUUUUUAUAUUCUUAUGGCUUUUGUACAUAAUUUUAUCUUCUCUUGAAUCGUAUUGUCAUAUACCAGGAUUUUAA